AUGGCUUACGUUCCUCCACACAAGCGAUAUACAAAGUAUGUGGGAAGGUCAUCCCCAUUUCCAGAGUCACUAGCUCCUCUGUUUAAGAGAAAUAUGAAUUUGAGAGCAUCCAAUUUUAAUAAAGACAGGAGUGGAAAGAUUGUUUAUGCAGACCACGCCAUAUCUAAAUGGUUUGCUGUUGGUUUGGAUGAUGAUGACCAGUUUCCUCCUUAUGUGCAUCUCAAGCCGAUUUCCUUCGAAUUUUUUGAGCGUAAAAAUGGAGAAAAGCCUCUAGUCUUGGUAAAUAGUCCUGUAACUGAAGAGAAUAGCGAACCGGAAAGGAAUUGGUCCAGAAGUCCAUGGGAGAUUAUAGCGGAAAAAGUAAAGAAAGAACUACUCUCUUCUUUCGAAAAUUUGAAGAGUGAAACGGAUUGCCAGAGUUUAGAAAAAGUAAAGCCAACAUUGGUUGCUCGAUUGGGCAAAUUUCUUUUUCAUGGGAGCCAUUCAAUGAGUCUAGAGAGUGUCAACAAAAUUCAAGUUGAAGAAGCCAUUUUGAGACAACUGAAAAGAUCAUUUUACACAAAUAUUCCUUCUUCGUAUAUGGAAAAUAUUACAGAUGGAGUGGUCCCAGUGAUUGGAGUUGAUUUUGAAGAGGAGAAAGACAUUUACCAUGUAAAGUUGUCUGAUAAUACACGGCCAGAUGCAACUGUUUCAUGCAAAUGUAGUGUAACGGAAAAUAAAAAACUUCUCCUCUACAAGGUUGAACUAAAUCAAGUGCGCCAGAUGGUCGUAGACAUAUCAUGCCUUGAUAAGAAUCUAGACCUGCGGCUAAUGCUUUGCACCAAGAGGAUCUUAACAACUCUCACUGAUGAUGAGAUGAAUAGCAUCAGAGACCUGAUCAAUUCUGCAGUUCUAGAUUCAGAUACAAAGGGUGGAUUAAGGUGGUCCCUGGGGAAGGCAUCUUCUGGCGGUAGAUACAGUGUCGUCGGGGUUUGGCACACAAUAACCAAAGCCUACAAAAGUUCAUCAUUUAGGCUUAAAGUAAGACAUGCCGAUCGAUUUUAUUUUAGGAGUGGAAAUGGGGAAGCUACAAGAGAGAUUUAUCUGAAGUUGAGAAGAGUUGUUUCAGAAAUACAGGCAAGUUCCUUUGAUUGGCUUUGA